UUUUUGCAAAUUGUCUAAGAUUAUAAAUUAAAUUAGGUACUUUCUGUUAGAAAAUUAAAUUAUGAGUAUGGAGCCGACCUUUGGCGGUGCAAAGUGCAAACGCCACGCAAAGUCAGAUCCUGAGAGAAAAAGAAGAGCAGAUCAAAGCCGUUGAGCUUAUAAACGAUGGACAUUCUCAUAAAAACCUUUGUCAGUUUCCCCAAAAAGAAAUGUAUAAAAAAUGUGUUUUCAGGAUUUCAAUCAGUGAGAAUGAGUAAGUCGACAAAAAAAAAUCAGUGAAUGAGUCGUCCAUGUGAAGCUUGUUUUCUUGCUUUUUCUAUUUGAUUUUGCUUCUCUCUAGAUCAUUCGCUGUAUAUGUUAAAAUUGUCUUCUAACCAAAGUAAGUUUUUAAACAAACUAUAAAAUUAAAUUUUGAAAAUGGAGGAUGGAUUAUGAUGAUUUAAAAUGACACCUGCAAAUUUAUUAAUAGCUACUUUAGUUUCAUAUCUUCUCUUUCAUUCUUUUAGAUUCUUUUAGAUUGUAACACGCUUGGAUCUUCUCUUCAGUUCACUUAUUUCCUUACUGUUUUAGAAUUACUGUUAUUUAAAAAAAAGAAAAAGAAUAGUACUAUAAGCAAACUACAUCGAGAUUCCCUCCUUAGAUGGCCGACGUAAAAAAAUAUCUCAAAUCAACAAUUUAAUAAUUAAAAGUAAUAACGAAUCAUAUAUCAACAUCAAACAACCUCAGCUUCCGACGCUCUCUCUCCGACCAUUUUUAAUAAACACAAAACUCCACUCUGCAAUAAGUCUCCGUCGUGUCGAUUCCACUUUAUCACCACUUCUCCUUCCUCUUCGCCGGUCUCCACCGCCGGCAUUCCCGGAUUCCGCCGCAUCGAAUCAAAUGGAGCUUAAAAGCUUCCACCCCUCUUCUGCACUGUUUUUCCUCUUCUCAGUGGUGAUUCUUUCCCCGACGACGGUGACUUCAAUCGGAGUAAACUACGGUCAAAUCGGAGAUAACCUCCCAUCACCGGAAGAAGUAGUUCCACUAGUGAAAUCAAUCGGAGCAACGAAAGUGAAACUGUACGAUGCAAACCCAGAGAUCCUCAAAGCAUUCUCCGGCACGGGCGUAGAGUUCAUCGUCGGACUUGGCAACGAGUACCUCUCCAAAAUGAAAGAUCCUUCCAAAGCCUUAACAUGGAUCAAACAAAACGUCACUCCCUUUCUACCGGCGACGAACAUCACCUGCAUCACCAUCGGUAACGAGAUCUUAGCUCUCAACGACUCUUCCCUCACCGACAGUCUCCUCCCGGCGAUGCAAGGGGUCCACUCCGCUUUAGUAACCGCCGGACUCUCCGAUCAAAUCGCCGUCACCACCGCACAUUCUCUCGCCAUCCUCCAGACAUCGUUCCCUCCUUCCGCCGGAGAGUUUUCACCAGGUGUAAUAGAUUACCUCAAACCGAUCCUCGAGUUUCACCGGAAGACAGACUCUCCGUUCUUGAUCAACGCCUACCCUUUCUUCGCUUACAAAGGAAGCCCUAAAGAGAUCCCUCUCGACUUCGUCCUCUUCCAGCAGAACCAAGGUGUCGUGGAUCCGACCACGGGGUUCCACUACGACAACAUGCUGUUCGCGCAGAUCGACGCCGUCUACUCUGCUUUAGCGGCGGCGGGAUAUAAAACCCUUAAAGUGCAGAUAUCGGAGACGGGGUGGCCGUCGAAAGGAGACGACGACGAGUUCGGAGCCACGCCGGAGAAUGCGAAGAGGUAUAACGGAAACUUGAUAAAGCUUAUGAAGAAUGAAAAGACCAAAACGCCCCUACGACCGAACAACGAUCUUAUCAUCUACGUGUUUGCCUUGUUCAACGAGAACAUGAAACCUGGUCCGACCUCGGAGAGGAACUACGGUCUGUUUAAACCUGACGGGACUCAGGCUUACUCGCUUGGGUUCACUCUAAACGAUGUCGUAAAAGGUGGUAAUAGUAGUAGCAGUGGAGGAGGAAAAACACCAGUUUUACCGAUGACGCCGGUGGCUCCAGAUAGUGCAUCGACCGGUUAUUUGGCAAUUUCGUCAGCUCCAGGGAAAAGAAAAGGGAAAGAGGCAGUAUUGUCAGUGGCGGUGAUCAUGUUAUUGGCCCGACACUUACUUUGAUUACACGAAAACAGAGUUUUAACUUAUAAAAGAGUUUAUUUAAUUAAAGAGUGCAAAAUCUGUUUUUGCAUUCUUCGAAACUCAUACCAUUGGAGCUUUAUUUUCACGGCUAUUUUUUUUCUUUUUUCUUUUAUCUAUUAUUAUAUUUAUGUUAGAAAUUCAUUUUGUCACCUUAUGUAAUUCACAUUUUAUAUUCCCGAUCAAUAAUACUCUUAUUAUGCUAA